GAUAAUAUGUAAGAAAUGAUAUGGGAUGAUUAUACUACAAUGUUCACAUAAAUAGAAAAAAGUAUUAAUUGAUAAGUUUGAAAAUGAAUGGUUUAUAUUGUAUAUUUUUGUGGGCCUUAUUGAGUUAUGGGUAUGGUGAAAGAUAUUUAAAAUGUAAGGAAACAUACAAAAUGGAUAAAGAACUAAUCUAUGACAAUGAAGCAGUUAUCCUUAAUCUUCCUGAUACNAGAACAGAAGAUAAAAUAAAUCAGAAUUGUCAUUGGCGAAUUGGUAAUGGUUCAUUUCGUAUUAUUUUUGAAGAAUUUAAUAUGUUUGAUUCUGUGAAUUGUAACUUAGAGUCUUUACAAAUCGAGUUUCCAGAUUAUAACCCAACCAAAUCUAUGACAUUCUGUGGAACAUCUUAUCCUAAAGAGCUACAAUUGCACUAUACAGAUUACAUCAAUAUUGUGUACUCUUGGCUGAAACCUAGCAAGAAACCUGUUAGAAUUAUCAUUAGAAAAACGGACCAGCACACGCCAGAAAUACGUAAAUUAAAUGUAAGCGCAACACCAAUGUACAUGUAUUCUCCAGGUUAUCCUGAUAAGUAUUACAAGGAUUUAGACGUGGAUUGGAUGUUGACUGCAAAUGAUCCUAAAAAAAGAAUUAUGUUAGAAUUUCUAAUGCUGAAUUUAGAAGAUAAUGUGCAAUGUCAAAAUGAUUUUAUACAAGUAAAAGGAGAUAAUACGAAUUUCCUAACAUGUGGUCAUAAAUCAAAACAUGUGGUUGCAUUAAAUGAUUCAAGAGUUAAUGUAACAUUUAAAACGAAUAGUUUUGAAGAAAAUGAUGGUUUUGUGUUCAGAUAUUAUACAGAACCUUAUCCUGGUGAGUUUCCAUCUUAUUUCCAGUUUAUUUCAAUUCUCAGUAGCCAUUUAUAUUGUUUUCAUACUCCAUGCGAUUCCAAUUAUUCUAAGCAAUGA